AAGAAGAAGAAAGAGAAUAAAGUGUGAAAUGCCAAUUUGAUGUUCACAUCUCAUUUGCUGGCUUGUCUGCCUGGUUUUUAUUUUGUUCUACUACCUCUCCCUUCCACGAUCCCUUCAUUUUCCAACUAAUUUUCACAUUUUAAAUAAAAAAAAACUGAAAAUUUUCUUCACUCUCUCUCUCCAACUCUCUAGGGAUCCACACAAAAUAAUUAAGACCCUCCCCUUGCUGAGCUACACUUACCGUCCUCAUCAUUUCCCUCUCUCUCUCGUACCACGACUGCCUUUCCAAAACGGAUUAUUGCUGAAGUUGUUGAAAACUCUUGGAUAUCAUAUGCACAAAGAUGGAUUACUUAUAAAAAUUUGAGUGAUACAAAGAUUUGGGGUUAUCACUUACAACCACAUAGAAAAUGGCUCCAGCUAACAAGGCUGAAAGAAAGGCAGUUGUAGAUGCGUCUGCCUGGAUGUUCAAUGUUGUCACUUCUGUUGGAAUUAUUAUUGUCAAUAAAGCCUUGAUGGCUACUUAUGGUUUCAGUUUUGCCACAACAUUAACUGGUUUGCAUUUUGCUACCACAACCUUGAUGACAGCUGUUCUAAGAUGGUUAGGAUACAUUCAAUCUUCUCACCUACCCAUGGCUGAGCUUUUGAAAUUUGUUUUAUUUGCAAACUUCUCUAUUGUUGGAAUGAACGUUAGUCUGAUGUGGAACUCUGUGGGAUUUUAUCAGAUUGCAAAGCUCAGUAUGAUUCCUGUAUCCUGUUUUUUGGAAGUUGUGAUGGACAAGAUUCGGUACUCCAGAGACACAAAGCUGAGCAUAGCUGUUGUUCUUCUGGGCGUUGGUGUUUGUACUGUGACCGAUGUGAGUGUUAAUACCAAGGGUUUCAUAGCUGCCUUCAUUGCAGUUUGGAGUACGUCUCUGCAGCAGUAUUAUGUACAUCACCUUCAGCGAAGGUACAACCUUAGUUCCUUCAACCUACUGGGACACACUGCUCCUGCCCAGGCUGGAACACUGCUGCUAUUAGGACCAUUUCUGGAUUAUUGGUUGACAAGCCAGAGAGUUGAUGCCUAUAAUUAUAAUAUAGUAUCUAUUAUGUUUAUAUUACUUUCAUGUACUAUAGCAGUUGGAACCAACCUCAGCCAAUUCAUCUGCAUUGGCAGAUUUACUGCAGUGUCUUUCCAAGUACUUGGCCAUAUGAAGACAAUCCUCGUAUUGAUUAUGGGAUUCUUUUUCUUCGGAAAAGAAGGCCUCAAUCUACAUGUGGUUCUGGGCAUGAUCAUAGCAGUGGCUGGAAUGAUUUGGUACGGAAAUGCUUCAUCUAAGCCUGGUGGGAAAGAGCGUCGCAGCCUAUCUCUUCCUACAAUCCGACAACAAAAGCCCAGCAAUUUAUCGGAUUCUAAUGAACAUGAUUCGAAAGUUUGAUUCUCCUCCAUGUAGGUAAGUUAAAAGCAUACAAGGUUAGCUGAUUUCAGAAAGCUAUUGGUUUUAUCGAUAUGAUUAGAAGAAAAAAAACAGCCUUAGUUUUAAUGAUUUUUAUAGCUCUUUAUUCUUUGGUAUUGGGUUCACUUUGAGGGUAUGGAUUAUUUUCUGAUAGGAUUUAGAUGCUUUUGAAAUUUGCUUUUCAUAUUGAGUAAUAUAAUUUAUAUAAAUUUUUGUCAUGCA